CUAUGUCAAGAAGAUCGAAUAUUAAGAAGUGGGUAACGAGGCUUGGUGUAUUAAGUGGUGCAACGUUAUUUUAUUAUAAUAUUUCUGGUAACAAAGAAUUUCUACAGGUGCAUAAUUCGUGGACAACGAAUGCGAAUCCAUCAGUGAAAUGGGAUCACAACUGGGAUAGACGUGAUCCAAAAAGUUUAGUAAAGCCAAUGAAAAUAAACACUGAAAAUGAUGAAAAUAUAUAUAACAAAGAAUUAUCAUUGAAAAAAGCCAAAGCUAGUCGUCACAUAAUUUUGAUACGCCAUGGACAAUAUAAUCUUUCAGGCAAAACAGAUUUCGAAAGAACACUUACAGAGCUUGGUAGGAAACAGGCAGAAACAACAGGAAAAAGAUUACAGGAAUUAGGCUUUCCAUAUAGUCUGAUUGUACGAUCAACAAUGACCAGAGCUCAGGAAACUUCUAAAAUUAUAGAAGAAAGAUUGAAAAAUGUAGCUGUAAAAGAUGAUUCCUUUCUUACUGAAGGUGCACCAAUACCACCUGAACCACCAAUUGGUCAUUGGAAGUCUGAAAUACAUUUCUAUGAAGAUGGACCUAGAAUAGAGGCUGCAUUUAGAAGAUAUUUUCAUCGUGCAGAUCCAAACCAAGAAAAAGAUUCUUAUACUAUUAUUGUUUGCCAUGCAAAUGUCAUUAGAUAUUUUGUAUGCCGAGCAUUACAAUUUCCACCUGAAGGUUGGUUGCGCCUAGGUUUAAAUCAUGCGAGUAUUACAUGGGUCACUAUUUUACCUAGUGGGAGAGUAAGUCUACUGACUUACGGCGAUAGUGGACACAUGGAGCCACGUUUAAUCACUACUGGCUAA